AUUUAUAUAGGUAUAUAAUUGAAAUAUUAAAAGUUAUUAUUUAUUUGUAAUACUACAUUAGUUCAAUUAUAUAAUUUAAUAAAUUACUAAUAGAUAUUAUAUGUUCAAGUUACUUGCGAAAUUAAUUUAUAGACAAAACAUUUAUGUAUAUGGAAAAAAGCACAAAGGUAAACUUUGAUUCGAGGUUGUUGAAAGACAUUGUGAUAAAAUUUAAUGCAUUUCCGUUUAUACUUUAAACAUAAUUUUAUGUUAACAAAUGGCGGAAAAAGCGGCUCACCAUACAACAACUGUAGUCACUCGCCCUUCGAUAUUCGAAGUUAUUGCCCAAGAAAACUUAUCUGCUACAAGCUACCCAGCGUUAAAGAUUGUAGCUAAUUUCAUUUCCCAAAAGAACCCUGAAAAACUAAAUUGGUUGAUUUGUUAUUUUGAUGAAGUUUUUCUAGUGUGCAAUACUAUAUGCCAAUAUAAAUAUUUGAAGAAAUAUGGUGGAACAUUCUCAGAAAAUUUUUAUGAUUUGACCAGAAUACCAGGACCAAAAAAUUUAAAACCACCAGACAAUCAGAUUUAUAUUAAUCUAGCAUUAGUAGUUUUUGUGCCUUAUGUGCGUAAUAAAUUUGAUUCGUACGUCGAGCAACUGCAAACAAAAUAUAAACUUCAACUAAAAGAGAAAUUGAUCAUAAUACUUAAUAAAUGUGUCUACACCGUUUGGGAAGUAAUGCGUUUGGUGUACUAUUUAAAAUAUAUAAAUGGAACGAGUCAAACACAUUCUCCAUUAUUAGAUAUCGCUGGAAUGAUUUUGACUUAUAAAAAUGUUGUAGUGUCAAAUAAUCAAGAACAACUUGAUCAACAGUUAAGUGCUGUGGAAUGUGUAAAAAACUAUUUACAUUAUGGAUUAACCCAUUCGUUGGAACUUGGUGCAUUUUUAAUGCAGUUUUUGAAUUGGUGGCAUUCUGAAAAUUUACAGUCAAAAUUAAUGGCAUAUCCUAUUCCAGAACAACCAAAGGCGACCAAUAAACAUAUUUCCAUCAAAAACACUAACAAAUGUCCAUUAUGCAUAAACGAGAGAAAAAUGCCAACUGCGUUAACAGUUUCAGGUUUUGUUUUUUGUUAUAAAUGUUUACACAAAUCGCUUAUGAUCGAACCAAGAUGUCCAGUUACAAAACUACCAGCAACUAUGCAAGACAUGGUUAGAAUUUAUUCAGAGAUCAACAGAUGAACAAAGAAAGAGUUACUUUAUUUAAGAUUAUACAUCCAUGAUAAUUUUAUAUUCUUUGGAUUUCCUAUUUUUUUUGACAAAAAUUUAAAAAAAGUUACAUUGGUGAGAGUUUAUGUUUUGUUGGUUGUUAAGAACAAAUUGUCUUUCGUGUUAUUUUCAAAACAUUUGUGGUAAUUAUUGCAAUAAGUAACUAGUACUAGUUAUAUUAUUAGAAUAUAUAUAUUCAU